AGGAGUGGGGCUCAGACCAUCCAGCCUGGGUCGGGCCGCGUGCUGCCCGGCCCUGGGCGUCGAAUUUACUGGCGCCUCAGCUUCUUUCUCUCCUGACACGCGGGCUCGCGAGGGCCGAUGCAGCGGUGAAGCGCCGUCUCCUUUCUCCAUCUUUCCUCUCGAGGUUGUCCUGUUCCCCCUCCUCCCCUCCCCUCCCUUCCUCUCCCGCGCGGCCUGUCUGCCCUGCCAUGGAGGCUCACGAGCGCAGGCGGCGGCAGCGGCGGCGAGCGCCUCUGAGCUGGGAGGCCGACGCCCAGCGGCCGCUGGGCUCGCCGCGGCCCCGGCGGCGCAGUCGGCGAGCGCGGGCCCCGGCGGUAGGAGGCCGCCGCCGCCGCCAGCCGGGAACCCUGCGCACGAGGGGGAGUGGGACCGCGGCGCGCCCGGGCCGCGCCUCGACCUGCGCACGGCCAUCGAGGUGACGUCGGCGAAGCGGCGGGCGAAGCCGCCCGGCCCGGAGCGGCAGCGGGCGCUCGUGGCGCAGGUGACUGGCAUGGGCUUCGACGAGCCAAGCGCGAAGCGGGCCUUGUCCACCACUGGGUGGACGGGCGCCGAGGCGGCAGUCACGCUUCUGCUGGAUGAGGCCAGCAGCUGAUGUUCCUUUUCAGUCCUUCUCCCUUCCUCUCCCUCUCCAUCUUUCUCUCCAUCUCUCUCUCCCUCUCAGCCCAGCUCCGCUGGCCCACGGGCGAGCUUCGGCGCGGGCCGCCGCUCGGAGGGCGCCUGCGGGCGAGUCCCCGCUCCCUGUCAGGCAAAGAAAGGGAGCGCCGCCAGCGCGUACAGAGGGAUGGAUCGGCGCCGAGCCUGGUAGGGGGCAGUGCCCAAGCCUCCCCG